AAUCGCUCUGGGGGCGGGGCUUCUGCGUCACUGAGGUGCGACCCGGUCGCAGCCCGGCCUGCGACGCUGCCGCUGUGGGUCUGAGCUGCGGGCUGAGGUGGAGCUGCUGCCGCCGGUAGCGCGUUGCCUUGAGCCAGGGAUAACUAUGUGAAGCAACACUGUUUCUGGAUUUCAAAAGACAUCAUUUCAUCAUGGGACAGCAAAUUUCGGAUCAGACACAGUUGGUUCUUAGCAAGUUACCAGAAAAAGUAGCAAAACAUGUCAUAUUGGUUCGAGAAAGUGGCUCCUUAACUUAUGAAGAAUUUCUUGGGAGAGUAGCUGAACUUAAUGAUAUAACUGCUAAAAUGGUUUCUGGCCAGGGAAAACAUCUUGUUUUUGAGGUACUCCCUCGGUCUGAUUCCUCUGCCUUAUGGAAAAUGGUUGUACGGGUGAUCUGUACCAAGAUUAACAAAAGCACUGGCAUUGUGGAAGCAUCACGGAUCAUGAAUUUGUACCAGUUUAUUCAGCUUUAUAAAGACAUCACAAGUCAAGCAUCAGGAGUAUUGGCAAUGAGCUCCACCUCUGAAGACCCUGAUGAAAACUCAUCAUCUGUAACAUCGUGUCAGGCUAGUCUUUGGAUGGGAAGGGUGAAGCAGCUGACUGACGAGGAGGAGUGUUGUAUCUGUAUGGAUGGUCGAGCUGACCUCAUCCUGCCUUGUGCUCACAGCUUUUGUCAGAAGUGCAUUGAUAAAUGGAGUGAUCGACACAGGAAUUGCCCUAUUUGUCGCCUACAGAUGACUGGAGCAAAUGAAUCUUGGGUGGUGUCAGAUGCACCCACUGAAGAUGAUAUGGCUAACUAUAUUCUUAACAUGGCUGAUGAGGCAGGCCAGCCCCUUAUACCAUGACCUUGGGGUGAAGGUCUUCUGUUGCUAUUACAAGCUGCAAACACUUUGGUCAUGGGGGAAGAAUGCAGGGAUAUUGUGGCACAGACGCAGAGAUACCAAUUUUCCCUACCCUCUUAUUUUCGCUGUUCUGACAGUUUGUCCCAUUUCUUUUGAUAAACUUGCUAUGUCUUCCAUUUAUAGUAAACUAAAAUUUGCUACUG